AUGCACUUACUUUUACUCGCAGCGGCCUUUUUUUUUGCGCACGACUUGACCGCAGCCGUGCGCUCUGACAGGUGCGCCUCCCGCUGCGACGUGAUCUUGUGUCCAAGCCCCAGCUGUCUCUCCGGGUACGUCCCAGACCGGUGUAACUGCUGCCUGAUGUGUUCACCAAGUGAGGGAGACCCCUGUGGCCGCAAAAAUGACUUGCCCUGCGGGGAAGGCUUGGAGUGCAAGCUGCUCACCGCGGGGAGGCGGCGAGACUCCAGGGGGUUCUGCCGGUGCAAGAUGGAGCAUGAAGUAUGUGGAAGCGACGGGAUAACGUAUGGUAAUGUGUGUAAAAUGAGAGCAGUCAACCGUAAAGCUCUGCAGAAGGGGAGACCCGCAGUUAGCCAAGCGCACAAAGGACCCUGUUCACCUUCAGGUCGUACCCUGGUCCAUCCCAGCAGCCCUCGCUACAAGUUCAACUUCAUCGCUGACGCAGUGGAGAAAAUAGCCCCUGCUGUCGUCCACAUUGAGCUGUUCGUAAGACAUCCUCUGUAUGGUCGUCGCGUGCGUCUCUCCAGCGGCUCUGGUUUCAUCGUGACCCACUCAGGUGUGAUUGUGACAAACGCUCACGUGGUGACCACAGCUGCCGCGGUGACAGGGAGGCCCCAGCUGCGUGUUCAGCUCCACGACGGCAACGCGUACGAGGCCAUGCUCAGAAAUAUAGACAAGAAGGCAGACAUCGCCACUAUCAAAGUCAAUCCUCAGAAGAAGCUUCCUGUGCUGACUCUGGCCCAGUCAGCUGAUCUGAGGCCAGGGGAGUUUGUGGUGGCGAUUGGCAGCCCCUUCGCUCUGCAGAACACUGUCACCACCGGCAUCGUCAGCACCGCCCAGAGAGACGGCAAGGAGCUCGGCAUCAUGGACUCAGACAUGGACUACAUCCAGACUGAUGCUAUUAUUAACUACGGCAAUUCUGGAGGACCUCUUGUUAAUCUGGAUGGUGAAGUGAUAGGCAUCAACACCUUGAAAGUGACAGCAGGGAUCUCCUUCGCUAUACCCUCAGACAGAAUCAGCCGCUUUCUCACAGAGUCGCACAUCAAACACAGCAAAGGUCAGAGGAGGUCAGAGCUUGACGGGGAUGAAGGAAUGAAGAAACGCUACAUGGGUAUCCGAAUGCUCACGAUCACCGAAGAUCUUGUAACGCAGCUGAAACAUCAGAAUCCAGACUUUCCUGACGUCAGCAGUGGGAUUUUUGUGCAACAGGUCAUACCCAACACUCCGGCAGAAAAGGGAGGUCUUUUGCCAAGUGAUGUUAUUGUGAAGCUGAAUGGACAACAAGUCCUGACCACCAAAGACAUCCACGAGGUGCUGCGAGGUGAUGAGCCUCUCUUGCUUGAGGUUCGCCGAGGUAAUGAUGACUUACUGUUCAACGUUCAUCCUGAUCUUGUGGAGCAUUGAAGAAUGGGAUAAGCAUUCAUGAACAACUGUUGGGC